GACGGAGGAGGCUGUGAGGCGCUGACGGAAGACAGGACGCGCCCAGUUUGUUGCUGGUGCUGUUUCCACUGAGGCGCGGCUGACUGGUUCCGUGAGGGCGACGGCGGCGCCGCUGCUGCUGGGGGCUGCCCAGGCGGGGCUGGGGGGCUCCGGCCGCGACGACGGCUCCGGCCAUGGACGAGCAGGCGGGGCCCGGCGUUUUCUUCAACAACAACAACAACAACGCGCUGCUACUGCCGCCACCUCCGGGCGGGGCCGGGCCGGGGCUGGAGCCAGGGGAGGCGGCUGCGGCUGCUGGGGGCUCCUCGGCAGCUCCGGCUCCGGCCUCUGCGGCGCGGGCUCAGUACAGCGUCCCUGGUAUCCUGCAUUUCCUGCAGCACGAGUGGGGCCGCUUCGAGGCCGAGAGAGCCGAGUGGGAGGCAGAGCGGGCGGAGCUGCAGGCCCAAAUUGCCUUUCUUCAAGGGGAAAGAAAAGGGCAAGAGAAUCUGAAGAAGGAUCUAGUGCGAAGAAUAAAAAUGUUGGAAUAUGCUCUUAAACAAGAAAGAGCUAAAUACCACAAGUUAAAAUAUGGCACAGAGUUAAAUCAGGGAGACAUGAAGCCUCCCAACUAUGAUUCUGAUGAAGGGAAUGAAACUGAAGUCCAUUCACACCCAAAUAGCCAACUAAUAUGGAAACAAGGACGCCAGUUGCUCAGGCAAUAUUUGCAAGAGGUGGGAUAUACUGACACAAUACUGGAUGUGAAGUCAAAACGUGUACGAACUUUGCUGGGCCUCUCAGGCGAUGGGCCAGGUGGGGAAAACGAAAGAAACCAAGAAUCGAUGGUGAACGGCACAGAGGCUGAGAUUAAAGAAAAAGUGAUGAUUGGGAAACCAGAUUUGACAGACUCUGCUUCACUACUAGAGACAUUUAAAUUCCUUGAAAAUGCUGCUGCUGAAUUCAGUGAUGAAGACGAUGAUGACGAUAUUGAUGGGAGAGAGAGAACAAUCAUGGAUACUUCAACGAUUGUCAGAAAAAGAGUGCUGUCUGAUAGCAGUGAAGACAGAGAUACAGAAGAAGCCUUAAAGGAGUUCGAUUUCUUGGCUACAUCUGAUGAAGGAGAUGGGGAAUCCAGAAGUUCAGGAGAUGGUACUGACUGGGAAAAGGAAGACCAGUGUCUCAUGCCUGAAGCCUGGAAUGUGGACCAGGGAGUAAUAACCAAACUGAAGGAGCAAUACAAAAAGGAGCGCAAGGGGAAAAAGGGGGUGAAGAGAAAAACUACCGAAGAUAUGUUUCAGCCUCAGUCCUAUAUAAAACAAUCAAAACAGGGAUGUGGGAAAGUGAUGGAGCAAAAUGCAGGGCCCAACAGGUCAAAACUGCAAGAUAUGCUUGCUAAUUUGAGAGAUGUUGAUGAUCUUCCGUCAUUACAACCAUCAGUUGUACCAACUACUAGACCAAGUACGUCACGACUUAUUGAACAUGAGAUCAACAGAACAGAUGAAGUGGAAGCUUUAACGUUCCCUCCUUCAUCUGGAAAAUCUUUUAUUAUGGGAGCAGAUGAGGCCCUUGAAAGUGAACUGGGUCUUGGAGAACUGGCAGGUCUUACAGUAGCAAAUGAGGCAGAUUCACUGACAUAUGAUAUAGCAAACAAUAAAGAUGCCCUGAGGAAGACUUGGAAUCCCAAGUUUACUUUAAGAAGCCAUUUUGAUGGAAUAAGAGGUCUAGCUUUCCAUCCUAUUGAACCAGUGUUAAUUACCGCAUCAGAGGACCACACUUUAAAAAUGUGGAAUCUACAAAAAACUUCUCCAGCAAAGAAGAGUGCUUCCCUCGAUGUUGAACCUAUAUACACUUUCAGGGCACAUAAUAGUCCAGUUCUGAGUGUGGUAAUGAGUAGCACUGGGGAGCAGUGUUACAGUGGUGGAACUGAUGGUCUCAUCCAAGGUUGGAAUACUACAAAUCCAAAUAUCGAUCCAUAUGAUUCCUACGAUCCAUCUGUUUUAAGAGGUGCAUUUAUAGGCCACACAGAUGCAGUGUGGGGUUUGGUUUAUAGUGCAACACAUCAGCGCUUGCUCUCCUGUUCAGCAGAUGGCACUAUACGGUUAUGGAAAGCUUUGGAGAUCUCUCCAGCAUUGAAUAUAUUUAAUGAUAAUCAAGAGAUGGGGAUUCCAUCUUCUGUUGACCUUGUAAGCAGUGACCCUAGCCACAUGGUAGCAUCGUUUAAUAGUGGAAACACAAGCAUUUUUAACAUGGAAACGAGACAACGGAUUCUCACCUUGGAGUCUAACAUAGAUACUAAUUCUAGCUCUUCUUGCCAAAUAAACAAAGUAAUCAGCCACCCAACUCUUCCAGUUAGUAUCACUGCCCAUGAGGAUCGACAUAUCAAAUUCUAUGACAAUAACACAGGAAAACUGAUCCAUUCCAUGGUAGCGCACUUGGAUGCAGUCACAAGUUUAGCGGUUGACCCAAAUGGCUUGUACUUGAUGUCUGGCAGCCAUGAUUGUUCAAUACGCUUAUGGAACCUUGAAAGCAAGACUUGCAUUCAGGAGUUUACAGCUCAUCGGAAAAAAUAUGACGAAUCCAUUCAUGAUGUGGCAUUUCACCCAUCCAAAUGUUAUAUUGCCAGUGGAGGAGCAGAUGCACUUGCUAAAGUCUUUGUAUGACGCAGUACUUCCUUCCCUUCUAGCUGCCAUGUGUAUAUAAAGCUGUACAAAAGACAAGGGCAACAGUUUUGCCCUUUAAUUCAAGUGAAUGUUAGUAAUGGUCUGGUUUUUGUUUUGUUUUGCAAGGUGCUUUUUUCUAAAUUAAAGGGUUAGUUAUAUGAACUCAGCUGGGAAACUAUUUCAAACAGUCCAGAGCAGAACCAUUUUUUAAGUUUUGGCAGUGUUAAUUUGUCCAGGCAGGCCUGUGACAAAAGGAGACAGCAGUGCAGAGUUGUUGACAAGGAAGCAGACAGCUUCUCUGCCUUUUCCUCGGUUGAAAAUUUUUAUUCACAUGCUUCAGUUAAAUAAUGUUAAAUGCUGGUAAUUCAUGUGACUCCUGGAUCCACCAGAUCAAUAUCAUCCUGUCUUCUCCCUUUUGAUAUUUCCUGCUGGAUGAUGUACAUAAAAUAGUACUUGAUUUAACUUUAGCCUGCUGGCUGUAAAUGUUAAGGUGGAUUGGGUUUAAGAUGUUAAAUAUUUAAAAAUAUUAAUAUGGUAAUAUGUUCCCCAAAGUAUACUGUAUUAAAAAGCAGAUAUGUAAAAGGCACAAAA